AUGAACGGACGACACGCAAAAAAACUGGCACUGGCCAGUCUGCAAUUGUCUAAACAUCGACGAUUCUCGACAACCAGCAGUGCUGCUUCGCUCUCGGAUCGGUUACGAAAGCAAUGGAGCGGAUCCUCUAAACAGGAAGCAAAAGCGCCCUUAUCCUCAACGAAUUACAUACAAAGAGCAGGAACUUGGAGACCACCACCCGAUCCUUCGACUCCGGAACCAGCUCGCUCUAGCUUCUCCAAACCAGCAGCAUCUCCCACUGCGCAAACGAACCCAUCGCCCAACCAACGCAGAGUUGCAUUGCGAAGCUUACUUCGUGCUUCCACCUCCGCUUUCCGUAAUGAAUCGCUCAAAUUCGUCCAGAGCCCAGAGAAGGGCAAGGAGAAAGGUUUUCCCAGCACUUCAGCCGAUAAGGGCAAAGCAAAGGCAGCAGCAGCACACCAAGCAUCGCUUCUCAAAGAACUACACGACCUCGAUGAGCUACUCGGUUCGCUGCAAAGUCAAGCUUUCUCCAUCUCACAACGGCUCAAGGACCUAGAACUCACUCGUAAAGGUAGCUCUUCCAACCAGCUUGAAGAUAUCUGGGGACCAGAUCGACUCUCACCUUCCGCUGGCAGCACCACGGAAGAUACCGGGUCUGCAGCACCUUCCAGUCCCACACCCCAUACCAAUAAGCAGAACGUUAAGCGAUCCGACGAGGCCAGAACUCGUCUCGUAUUCGGUAACGAUGCUCUCGCCGAAUCAAACCUUGGUUGGAGAGAUGGCAAAGGCAAACCCAAUCCCACCAUCUCCUACUCCGGACCAUUUGCAGAGGAGCAAAAGAAGUGGACCGAAUCGAUCACCGGCUGCGUUUCAGCAAACAACAUCCCCAUCGACAAAGUUGCACCCCUCCGAGAGAUGAAAGUUGCCACCCUCUCACAUGGAUUAGACCGGGUUCUCUUCAACCCGGGUAUCUACUGGCUAAGAGAUCCCAGGUCGGGGAUAUACAAUUUCGACCCGCGCAUCAAAGAUAUCCUCGAUGUCGAUCUUUUCGAUUACGCCGCACUGCCACCUUACAUCACCUCUAGUAAAGAUCCGGAGUUGGCAACACUUACGAAGCAGCAUGGCAAGAAGUAUUGCGGCAGUACUUCGAGUAUGACUUCUUUGUUGAGUCAGUGUUAUUUUUUGAUUUCCGGUUGGAGGAAUCCGGAUUGUAGCGGCUUUUCCGCUCCCUUCGCUGGGCUUCCUAGUGGCUUUAGUGUAGGCGCCAAACUUCCGGCAAGUAUAUUGCUGCAUUGGAAGGAUGGGCAUUAUGCGAUUGAUGCGGACAAAGCUGCGACUGGUGAAGCAGAGAAUUCCAACUACGUCCUCACUUCUCUAGGCAAAUCAAUGGAGAAAAUGUUGACAACUACUCCGGAAGAGUAUGCCAAAUACAUGCGCAUCAAUUCUUGGCAACUCACAGAGGAGGAGAAAAGAAAGCCCGAGGCAUAUCAUUAUGCGUCGACGGGGAAAAUGAUGAUGCGAUCUCAACUUGACUGCCAUGACCCGCGCUUGCCUCGGAAGACAUUCGACCUCAAGACGAGAGCAAGCAUUGGCAUCAGGAACGACCGAGCCAACUAUGUAGAAGGAUCCGGCUAUCAAAUUCGACGAGCGACCGGAGUCUUGGAGAGCUUUGAAAGGGAGUAUUACGACAUGAUUCGAGCUGCGUUUUUAAAGUAUAACUUCCAAGCGAGGAUUGGACAUAUGGAUGGCAUCUUUGUUGCCUAUCACACCACUUCGACUAUUUUCGGGUUUCAGUAUAUAUCCGUGGAGGAGAUGAACGAAAGGUUGUUUGGCAGUCAGGAAAUGGCGGAUCAGGCGUUUAGGUUGAGUUUGGGAAUGAUGGAGAAUGUUUUGGAUGCGGCGACUAGUAUGUUUCCGCAAGAGACCUUGAAGAUUACGAUCGAGGCAAGGGAGAAGUCGGAAACUGGGAUGACAGUGUUUGUUGAACCCUGCAACGUGCCUUGCACCGGUGAUAGCGGAGAGACCAAGGAGAGGAGUAUUGUACAACUGGAUAUUACGGUGGAUAGAUACUUGAAUGGAGGAUUGAUGCUAGGUCCUGUCGACUUUUCCUUCCUCCCCGGACGAAGAGUUGAUCCGUUGAGUGAAGACGAGAUCGAACGUCGGAUGCGAUCCUCUCUUCCGCCCGUCAGAUGGGAGAUUGAUUACUCCAUCUCACCGCGACCCGAUCUUACGGAGUCCAAGGUUCGAUCGAACCUGGAUACGGUUCGUGGGAAACAAUCCUCGCUUACCUCGCUCAUUCUACCCAACGUUGAAGCGCUGAAUGCUAGAGAACAGUAUCGUACCGAACAACUUGCGACCAACCCAGAUGCUCUUCAACGGUUCCUGGAAGAAAGAGCAAGCGGUGUUGCUGCUGGUAUGCCUCUCGCUCCUGGUCAACUCUCGGCCAAACAGGUCGCAAAGCAAAAGACUCUAUCACAUAAAACUACUCAACACCAACACUUGCUAAACGCAGACAACGCAGACAACGCAGACAAGCUUCUUGCAACACUUGAACAAGACCAGCAAAACCUAGCAGCUCCAGCGCCCGAGCAACUUGCACGUCGAAAACAGGUAGAAUCGAGGUUCAUCCGUAUGCGCAACAUGCGCACUCUGAGACUACGCGAACUGGCGAAACUUGGAGAAAAGGAUGCCAAGGAUUCCCUCAGUCUCGAUGAGAGGAUUAUGUACAGUCCUAGAUCCUAA